AUGGCGAGUGAAACACUAGAAAGGAAACUCUACAAUGCUGCAUCAAAAGGGGAUGUAACAACACUUGUACAUCUCCUUGAAGAAGAUCCAUUUCUUAUUCAUGGAGUCUCGUUUCCAUGUUCAAGAAAUCUUCUACACAUCGCAGCAAUGCAUGGACAAACCGCCAUUGUUGAAGAAUUGCUGAAGCUUAGUCCGAGGCUAGCGCGAAUCUCAGACUCCCACAAUUCAUCUCCUCUUCACCUCGCAGUCGAAGAAGGGCAUGUUGAGAUCUCCCAAAAGUUGUUAUUAGUAUCCCCCGAGGCCUGCUGGUGGCGUGACAACCAUGAUAUGAACCCUGUUCAUAUUGCUGCCAUGAAAGGGCAUGUUGAUAUCAUGGAACAUCUCCUUCAAGUGAGUUAUUUGCCCGCUAAGGAGAGGUUGCGUCGUAGAGAGACUGUGUUGCACUUGUGCGUCAAACACGAUCAACUUAUGGCGUUGAAGGUUUUGGUGGACAAGUUGGGAAAGGAUAUUGUGAAUGCAAUUGAUGAGGAUGGGGAGACAUUAUUACAUUUUGCAGUGAGGUGCAAUCAAUUUGAGGUAACCAUCAAUUUGCUUUAA